AUGGUCCUCUUCAGGCUUCCUAUUCUUCUUUUUGUUGUGGCCUCCUCCCUCUUCCACCUUGUCUUUUGCCAAACUGAGCUCAUCUAUGCACCCGACAAAUCUUUGUACUACACGCCAGGCGUCGCGUACCCUCGAGGCAUUCGUCUUGCCAAUGGCAUUUUGUUGAGCACCUGGGAAGACAACACGAGGUCCGAACGCAAGAUCCCGAUCUACAGCUCGUACGACGGAGGUAGGAGCUGGUCUCUGCUCAGCCACGUAAGGGAUCAGAACAACGUGGGCGGCCUUCGCUUUCAGCCUUUCCUCUACCAGCUCAAGGGCAGAGUCGGCAAUCUGCCCGCGGGCACCAUCCUCCUCGCCGUCAAUGCCAGUCCAAACUCACAGAAGAAGACGAGCAUCGACAUCUAUGCCAGCAAAGAUGGUGUCUCAUGGGAAUACCUUUCUACCGUAGCCCAAAGCGGAGCUGCGAUACCGCAGAAUGGCUAUGAGACAAUCUGGGAGCCUUUCACGCUCGAGUACGAUGGCGAACUCCUCUGCUACUUUUCAGAUCAAAGAAGCCCUCAACACGGACAAAAGCUCGUGGUAAGCCGGUCGCCGGACGCCAUACACUGGUCAGAGGCCUUCGAUGUCGUCACCUAUCCCCAUUAUAAGGCACGGCCUGGAAUGGCCACCGUUGCCUACAUCCCAUCGAGCAAGAAUUAUAUCUUGACGUACGAGCUCUACGACCCAGUCUUCGCUAAGAAGUUCGAGGUGUACUAUCGCCUCUCCGAGGACCCCCUCAACUUCCUCGAUAAAGAAGGUAUCCGCCUCAGCGCACACGGCGUGACUCCGACGAGUUCCCCCUACGUCAUCACAAGAAACUCGGACAUCUACGUCAGCUGCGGAAGCAUGUCGCAACUCUUUGUCAAUAAAAACGAGGGCGAUCGCAAAGCUUGGCAGAUGACCUCAACGAAUGCGCCCUUCUCUUAUUCACGAUCUCUGGUCCAUGUUCCGGGAAAGAUCCUCAUCUUUGCGGCUGAAGGCCCUCAGGAAGCCUCAAAGUGGCAUGUCAUGACGGUCACGGCCGUGCCGAUCCGCGGCCGCUCUCGCCUUGCCAGACGAGGUUCGAACCCGAAGCUGCUGGAAGGAGAGCAGCCUCGCCCCCGCGACAGCGAAUCUACUCCUCUGUUCACCUAGCCCUUCAGACAUUCGCGUAC